GAUUGCGCAUGCGCAGUCGGCGGGCGACACGGCUCCGCCCCGCGCGCACUAUUUAAUCCCAGAAUCCCUCUGUGUCGCACCAAACGGUCGCAUCGUUCCAAGGCUGCGGAGGCCGGGCGCGGCAGCGUCAAGAUGGCGGCUGCGGCAGUGGCGGCAGCGGCGGCGGCGGCCGCGGCUGCAUCUCUUCAGGUGCUGGAGAUGGAGAGCAUGGAGACUGCCGCCGCCGGCUCGGCAGGACUGGCUGCGGAAGUCCGAGGCAGCGGCACGGUGGACUUCGGGCCUGGGCCGGGGAUCUCUGCCAUGGAGGCGAGCGGGGGCGAUCCGGGCCCAGAAGCCGAGGAUUUCGAGUGCAGCUCUCACUGCUCGGAGCUGUCCUGGCGGCAGAACGAGCAGCGGCGCCAGGGCCUGUUCUGCGACAUUACCCUGUGCUUCGGCGGGGCUGGAGGCCGCGAGUUCCGGGCCCACCGCUCGGUACUGGCCGCCGCCACCGAAUACUUCACGCCCCUGCUGUCGGGCCAGUUUUCCGAGUCCCGCUCGGGACGGGUGGAGAUGCGCAAGUGGAGCUCCGAGCCGGGGCCCGAACCCGACACAGUGGAAGCCGUUAUCGAGUAUAUGUACACCGGGCGCAUCCGUGUCAGCACGGGCAGCGUGCACGAGGUACUGGAGUUGGCCGACAGGUUCCUACUAAUUCGUUUAAAAGAAUUUUGUGGAGAAUUUCUUAAGAAAAAACUUCACCUCUCAAAUUGUGUGGCAAUUCAUAGCUUAGCCCACAUGUACACCCUGAGCCAACUUGCUCUGAAGGCUGCUGAUAUGAUACGGAGAAAUUUCCACAAAGUGAUUCAGGAUGAAGAAUUUUAUACAUUACCUUUCCAUCUCAUUAGAGACUGGCUUUCAGAUUUGGAAAUUACGGUUGAUUCUGAAGAGGUUCUCUUUGAAACCGUUUUGAAAUGGGUUCAGAGAAAUGCUGAAGAGAGAGAGAGAUACUUUGAAGAACUUUUUAAAUUGCUCAGGUUGUCCCAGAUGAAACCUACCUACCUUACACGACAUGUCAAACCAGAGAGGCUGGUAGCCAAUAAUGAAGUUUGCGUCAAGUUGGUGGCUGACGCAGUGGAGAGGCAUGCUCUGAGAGCUGAGAAUAUACAGUCUGGCACAUUCCAGCUCCCCACUUCUCAUGUUUCACUACUGCCUCGUUAUGGGCAAAAUAUGGACGUGAUCAUGGUUAUUGGAGGUGUUUCAGAAGGAGGGGACUAUUUAAGUGAAUGUGUGGGGUAUUUUGUUGAUGAGGAUAGAUGGGUAAACCUGCCACAUAUUCAUAAUCACCUCGAUGGACAUGCUGUUGCAGUAACAGAAUCCUACGUGUAUGUUGCGGGAUCAAUGGAGCCAGGGUUUGCUAAAACUGUAGAAAGGUAUAACCCAAAUUUGAAUACAUGGGAACAUGUUUGUAGCCUGAUGACAAGAAAGCAUUCUUUUGGGCUAACAGAAGUCAAAGGGAAGCUCUAUAGCAUUGGAGGACAUGGCAACUUUAGUCCUGGUUUUAAAGAUGUGACUGUUUAUAAUCCUGAGCUUGACAAAUGGCACAACUUGGAAUCGGCACCAAAGAUUCUUCGAGAUGUCAAAGCACUAGGCAUCGAAGACCGGUUUGUAUACAUUGCCGCCCGCACUCCUGUGGACCGGGACACUGAAGAUGGACUAAAGGCUGUAAUUACUUGCUAUGAUACAGAGACUCGACAGUGGCAAGAUGUGGAAUCUUUGCCACUUAUUGACAAUUACUGCUUUUUCCAAAUGUCUGUGGUCAAUUCAAACUUUUAUCAGACAGCAUCAUGUUGUCCCAAGAGUUACUGUUUAGAAAACGAAGAGGCAGUAAGAAAAAUUGCCAGCCAAGUAUCUGAUGAGAUCCUUGAAAGCUUGCCUCCAGAAGUCCUAAGCAUCGAAGGAGCAGCCAUUUGCUAUUACAAAGAUGAUGUCUUCAUUAUUGGAGGCUGGAAAAACAGUGAUGAUAUAGAUAAACAGUAUCGGAAAGAAGCCUACCGAUAUUGUGCGGAGAGGAAGAGGUGGAUGCUUCUUCCUCCUAUGCCACAACCUCGUUGUAGAGCCACUGCUUGUCACGUGAGGAUCCCAUACCGAUACUUGCAUGGCACACAGAGAUAUCCCAUGCCUCAAAACCUAAUGUGGCAGAAGGACCGCAUCAGACAGAUGCAAGAGAUACAUCGUCACGCCCUAAACAUGCGGCGAGUGCCAAGCUCUCAGAUUGAAUGCUAGGCUCUCUCAAGUGUGCAGCUUAAAACUGUUAUACCCGUUUCGUGAAGCUGAAGAUAUCCAGGCUGUUACUUGAAAAAGUAUGUCGAUAACUUAUUUUCUACAUGAACUGGCUAUUACCCCAUAUAAAGGAAAUACAGUUAAAACUAGAGAAUGGGAAACUCAGUUCAAUACAUGGUUGUUUUGUUAGCUUGCAA